CGUCAUGCGGACAGAUAUGACAGAUUGUGAUUUCGGCAUUUUUCAGACCUUCCCAACAACCUCACUUCUCGAGCGCAUAUGCACCAACUCACACCGUCGAUGCGCUCGAGACGUCGCUGGAUCUACGAGGACUCACAUCUCUGAUCUGAUGGCCAUUCCAACAUGAAGGGUUUCCUUGUUCUAGCUCUGCUCUUCCAGCUGGUUGCGUCUUCACUACACUCCAACUUCGAUUCAUAUCCCGAAGUCUGGCGAAAAAUCAUCAUAAACAAGCUCGCAGGAUAUCACAAGCCCUUCGACCCUGUGCCACGACUGGUCACAUAUGUUCAGACAUUCGAGGAUAAGCAGGGGAAACAUGUCUCGUUAUUGCCAUUGUUAUGGCAUGACGUGAAGGUUACACAUGUCAUCCUUGCGUCUGUUCAUUUGCACGACAGGCCGGGAGAGAUUCGAUUGAACGACCAUUCUUUUGAUUGGGAUGAGUACAGUAGGACUUGGCAGGAAGUGAAAGCGUUACAAAACCAUGGAGUAAAGGUAAUGGCGAUGCUUGGUGGAGCUGCGGCUGGGACGUUCAAACAUCUCAAUGGCAGUGAAGAGGAGUUCUACAGCUACUACCAUCCUCUCAAGAAGCUCUUGAUCGAACAUCAGCUCGACGGCCUAGACCUCAACAUCGAAGAAUCUGUCCCUUUAGCAGUCCCUAUCCGCCUUCUAAAUGCUUUACACCGAGACAUGGGCCCGCACUUUAUCCUUACAAUGUCACCCAUCGCAUCAGCCUUGUUGUCCCCAGCCAACACAGACCAGAACCUCUCAGGCUUCUCUUAUUUCGACCUCGAUGCCUUCGCCACCAUCCCCGGCUCCGAAACAAAGCUGAUAUCCUGGUACAACGCACAAUUCUACGGGAACUUUCCUCGAGGUCCCCCAUUGUACGAACAAGUUAUGGAAGCCGGGUGGCCGGCCGAGAGGAUUGUAAUGGGAGUUUUGGACUCGCCGGAUGAUGGGCCACCGAAUGGGUUUCUGCUGAUGCGGGAUUUGAGGAUGAGGAUUGCGGCUCUGAAGCGGAAGUGGAGGGACUUUGGUGGGGUGGCAGGGUGGGAAUAUUUUGAUGGAGGGACCGGAGAUGGAGUCGUGGAUAAGCCCUGGGACUGGUUGCUGGGAGUUGGGUAUGAGCUGUUUGGGAGGGAUGAUGAUCAUUCGAAGAAAGAUGAGCUGUGAGCAUACUUACCAUGAAAUAAAGCUAUGUGGGAAUAGUAUUUAUGAUUUGAGCCCAGAUGUAGAGACGAUAUUGCGUAAUUAGUAACAUUUGCUUUAAGGUCUUCAGGCCGGUUCGAUAGCUAAGCGCAUUCAGCGCGUUUCGCGUGUUUCGCGCAAUUCGCGCGAUAUGCUGAC